UCCGUUCGAAAGAAAUCCCUUUCUCUGCGAGCGAGAGAGCUUGAAACCCUAACUGCAAAUUCUUCGAUUCUGGUCGGUUCCGUUGGGAGCUGAAGAACGCGAAGAUGUCGUCGACGCUUCUGGAAGUGACUCGGUCGGCUCACGAGGAGGUUGAGCGGCUUGAGCGGUCGAUCGUGAAGGAGCUCCAGAACAGUCAUGCGACGUCCAAGGACAGCUUGUUCCAGAGCCACCGCAUCCGCCACAUGAUCGACACCAUCACCGCCACCACCGAAAAACUCGUUGAGAUUUAUGAAGACAAAGAUAAUGCACGGAAGGAUGAGAUUGCGGCCCUUGGGGGCCAAACUGUGACGGGCACCAAUGUGUUUAGUGCAUUUUAUGAUAGGCUGAAAGAGAUUCGUGAAUACCAUAGAAGGCACCCAGCUGCGCGUGUUGUUAAUUCCAAUGAGGAGUAUGAAGCGAUGCUGAAGGAGGAGCCAGUAAUUGAAUUCAGUGGCGAGGAAGCUACUGGAAGAUACCUUGACUUGCACGAAUUAUACAAUCAGUAUAUUAAUUCCAAGUUUGGGGAGCCCAUCGAGUACUCUGCUUACCUUGAUGUUUUUUCACAGCCACAUAAAAUUCCUUACAAGCUGAAGUUGACUAGGCAAUACAGGGAAUACAUAGAGAAUCUAUUGGAGUAUCUAAUAUAUUUUUUCCAGCGGACAAAGCCCUUGGAAGAUCUGGAUAGAAUAUUCUCAAAGGUUGCAAUGGAGUUUGAAGAGCAAUGGGCAGAUGGUAAGGUAGAAGGAUGGGAGCCUGAAGAUCAAGGAAAUGGGCAUGUACCAGAUCAGCAUACCGUGAUUGAUCUUGAUUUGUAUAGCACGGUUGAAGAGUUGGUCGAAGUGGGUCCUGAAAAAUUAAAGGAGGCAUUGGCUGCAUUAGGACUAAAAACGGGUGGUACUGUUCAGCAACGUGCGGAGCGGCUUUUCCUCACAAAGCAUGCACCUCUUGAACAGUUGGAUAAGAAACAUUUUGCUAAAGGUUCACGUGGUUCAGAACAAAACGGGAUUGCUGCAGCUCCACAAGUGAACAAUUGGAAAGAAAUUGCUCUGACGGAGUCCAAAAUAAACAAACUGUGCCAGUCACUUGACGAGACAAUUGCACGAACAAAAGACAACAUUGUGAAGAAGCAGGCAUUGACGUAUGAGGAAAUGGAGGCAGAACGUGAGGAUGAAGACACACACGCUGAAAGUGAAAGUGAUGACGAUGAUCAGCAGAUUUAUAAUCCCCUCAAAUUGCCAAUGGGUUGGGACGGGAAGCCUAUACCUUAUUGGCUUUAUAAGCUUCAUGGCCUUGGCCAGGAGUUCAAGUGUGAGAUAUGUGGAAACUACAGUUACUGGGGCCGCCGGGCUUUUGAGCGGCAUUUCAAGGAGUGGCGGCAUCAGCAUGGGAUGCGUUGUCUUGGUAUACCCAAUACCAAGAACUUCAACGAGAUCACAUCAAUCGAGGAAGCAAAAGAACUUUGGAAGAGGAUACAACAACGACAAGGAUACAAUAAAUGGCGCCCAGAUCUUGAAGAAGAAUAUGAAGAUAAAGAGGGUAACAUUUACAACAAAAAGACGUACACUGAUCUGCAGCGUCAGGGACUGAUUUAGGAGAAUCGACAGUCCCGAAAAACUUGAAUGUGCUUGUUACAGGAACUGAUUUUGUAGUUCUUGCAUUUGGCGGCAAUUUGCAUCUCUGUCCCUAGCUCUAUGGCACCAUCUAAACAUCUGUAACAAGUCACUAGGGGAGUUAGGCUAUGCUGGAAUUUUUGCAGGUUCUAUGUGCAACUCUCUUUUCUUGUGAAGAAAAAUGAGAUUGGUUCACCUUGUAGUCCCAACUGGGGCCUUUCAUUUCGUUUAACAAAAAGGAGAAGGCCUUUUGGCUUCAUUUAGUUAAUCUAUCACUAAAAUUAUACAUGUGAUAUUUGAUAAAUGUGAAUGCCAACUUCUUUCUUUUGAUUUUUUUUUUU